AUGCUCAAGUGGCUUCAAUUUGUACCGAAGACAUACAUUGUAUUUGCUACAAGAAACUUCUACAUCGGUGCGAUUGAUGGCGGGCUUUUGCGUCACGCAUUUCGUACGGAAGAUGCCAACAAAGAUGAUCUGCCACUGCUCGACGAUUCGAUCUCGGCAGCGACGGCAUUAUGGAGAAAGGAGGAGCUACUUUUGCGUCUCAAAAGUCUGCUAAACUGUAGUCACGAGCAGACGGAAAAAUUGUACAAAGCAAACAGAAAGGCGUUGCGUAUCUUUGCACCAAAGCUACUUACAGAUAACAUCGAGUUACUGCGAGCGAAUGGCAUUGAGGAUAAGUUUAUUUACGAAAAUCCGCGUGUACUUUCGACCCCUACAGGCGAGCUUGCUACGAAAUUGAAAUUAUUACAAGAGCUUCCUGCGGUGGAGGAUUGCAAAAUGCUUUCACCUUUCCUGAAAGCCUCCCUCAAAUCUAUCCAGCGUAUGGUUGAUGUGGCGAAGCAAGAGACGAUACCUGGUGGAAAUCGCAUCAAUUAUAUCAGUGAACGAACCGGCACUGAAGUUCCUAUGGUGAUCAAAUUCUUCGCCACCAACAUACGCGUGUAUCGUAUCACACUGGACAAAUUCAUAUCCAAUUUAAACAUUUGUCUGGAGCACUUCGAACCUGCCCAUGUUAUGCGACACCUAUCGGUGUUAGCCUACGCACCAGCUUCGAUAAAAGAACGGUUGCAAGCGUUAGAAAAUUCCCCAUUGGAAAAGAUUAAACCAUGGAUGGUGCGCGUACCAGACAUUGCUCUCGGCAAAUCGUUUGAGGCAGUCAUCGAGAAAGGUAGGCAGCCGGUGUUUAAAGAUAGCGUAACAAGCACAUGGUUUGAAACGUACGUUCUUAAGCGUGUGGAGUCACUGCUCGGUUGUUCGGAGGAAACAAGUCGAGAGAUAUAUGAAAAGUGCAAUGGUUCAGUCUACUUAGUCGAUAAUAUUGAAUUCCUGCUGGAUAAGGGAGUGCUGGCCGAGACGAUUACAAAACAGGCGACCAUAUUAAUGACAAAGCGGGAAGAUCUUCAGCAAAAGAUAAACACACUAGGGACGUUGCAGUGUUUGAGGAAUUUAAACGACGUUAUACCGUUGUGCGUGCUGAAGACAUAUCAGCUGAAGAAGAUUGUAAACAAUCUGAACAACGAGCAGCUCGGUUCAAUCAACACGAACCGAAUAUAUUACUUCUCCGAAAAUAUCGGAUUUAAACCGAGCGAAGUGGCGGAACAAUUUGCACGCCGGACGUUCAUGUUUCGCGUACCGAAGGAUAGCUUUCUCGCCAACCUGAAGCUAUUUCUGGAGCACAUGAACCGGGAAGAUAUUUUAGCGGAUCUGUGGGCGUUCAAGUAUUCUCCUGGUGUAGUGGCCGAGCGCAUCGCUCGGGCGAAAGAAGUGCGCGGCAAGAAGCUGAUGCCAUGGAUGGUCCGGUGUCCGGACGUUGUUCUAGAGAAAUCGUUACAGCUGACGAAGGAUAGCGGUGCUUUGCUUGGCGAGAAUGAAACAAUUGUCGAGUAUUUCUGUAAGCGGCUAGGGUUCGAUCGUGAGGUAGCCAAUUCGAUCAUCAUAAAAACUCCGUCAGUCCGGAAUGUGCGCAUUACAAAGGUGAAAAAAGUGAUUGACUAUCUGCUAGAUGAGCUGGACUACAAACCAAAUGAUAUUGCGCUAAACCCACGCAUCCUGAUGCAUAGUUUGCAGACCACGAAAAAGCGUAUGGCACAGCUGAAGGAAAUCGGAUGUCGGCCAAAAUCAUUGAUUAUCGUUUGCAAAAGCCAGCGUCAGUAUGAUAUGUUCGUAAAGGAAUGGAUAGCUUCGAAGGAACGGAAGAAAAAGAUUCACCAAUAUGGUUAGGAGGUCGUGCAGAGUUGGUGCUUGUUGGCGAAAAAGUACACGAAUAAAUGUUUGUUAGAUGAUUAGGAUAAACAGAUGAAAGUAGCCCAAGAGUGUAAAUCACGUAAAAUGUUGAAAAUAUGAGUACCUAAAAGGUGUAGUGUAGAGAAACGAUCGUAAUUGAAAACGGUUUAAAAGGUUUGUGCAAAAGUUCGACACCUCUGGAUUACAUGUGUACGAGCGUAAGUUGAAGAUUUCAUUCAAAAACUCGGUACUCGGAAAUCGAAUUUUAUACCUAAAUCAUUAUUUAACUCAACAGUUUAGUAAAAUACUAGGUAUACCUAAUUUAAUUCAAUUUUUUCAAAUGAUUUAUUCUAGUCC